UUCUAACUAACACGUGACCUUUCUUUUUCAUACUUAAAAUUCUCAUAUUCUCAGCGUUUCGUUUUUACUCUCUGGCUACCUUCCUUUAUAUUGCUUCCUUUCCCAUCAUUAUUAUGUAGCAUUAUUUUCUUCGCCCAUUUGUGAAGACAAAAUAAACAGAAAAUUAAAUGUGAUGGAUAGUUUUUGUUUUGCUUAUGCUCUAGUGGUUCUUAUUUCCAUGUUGAGCAAUGUACAUGGGAAGUUAAUCAAUGAUGUAAACCAGUUAGGAACCAACGGCUGUGAUUUAUUUCAAGGGAGUUGGGUUUAUGAUGAUUCUUAUCCUCUUUAUGAUUCAUCAGUAUGUCCGUUCAUUGAAAAACAGUUUGAUUGUUUCAAAAAUGGCAGGCCAGAUAAAGAUUAUCUUAAAUAUAGAUGGCAGCCCAAUGAGUGCAAUUUACCCAGGUUUAAUGCUAUAGAAUUUCAGGAGAAAUUCAAGGGAAAGCAGAUAAUGUUUGUAGGAGAUUCAAUAAGCUUAAAUCAAUGGCAGUCUCUUACUUGUAUGCUUCAUGCUGCUGACCCUCAAGCUAAAUAUGUCUCCAAACGGAUCGGAGGAACUUCUAUCUUCACAUUCCCGAAAUACAACACGUCGUACCUGCUGUUCCGAAAUGCCUUUCUGGUAGACAUUACAACGGAGACCAAUGGGACACGAGUUUUAAUGCUUGACUCUCUCAGUUCAGCUGCUCAAUGGAAAGAUAUGGAUGUUCUCAUCUUUGAUUCCUGGCAUUGGUGGCUUCAUACUGGCAGGAAACAACCUUGGGAUCUUGUUCAAGAUGGAAACUCCACAUACAAAGAUGGACCUCGAUUAACCCUAUAUGAGAAAGCACUGAAUACGUGGGCAAAAUGGGUAGAUUCUGAAGUAGAUACUACAAAAACUAAAGUAUUUUUCCAAGGAGUUUCUCCUGACCAUGACAACCCGACGAGUUCAGGUUCAAAGACGUGUGAAGGAGUAACGCAACCAUUGAAGAGUACAGAAGAAGUUCAUCAAGAAGAAUUGGUACUAGAGGAAGUUUUGAGAGGGAUGAAUAAAUCAGUUUAUUUAUUGAACAUAACAAAGUUGUCACAGUAUAGAGCAGAUGGGCAUCCUUCUGUUUAUGGACAUGGUGGACAUAGGGACUUGGACUGCACCCAUUGGUGCUUGGCGGGUGUUGUUGAUACUUGGAAUCUAUUCUUAAAUGCACUCCUUGGAUUAUGAAAAUAGGCUAGGGCUCAUAAACUCCCAAGCCAAAAGAUUAAAUUUUUUAUUUCUAUUUUCAUAUCUAGUGCUUUUCCUGUACUAAUAUCCUGCUCAUAUGCUAAAUAUAAGGAGGGUUUUACUGUAUUAUUUUUGGAAUAGAAAUGAAAGAUUAUAAAUCAAAACCCUUGUAAAAUAUUAUUUUCUAUAGCUAUUGUAAAUGUCUAAUUUUUGU